GAAGCAUAGACUGGAAGCUGUGAAGACUACUAAUACCACAGAAGAAGAAACUAGGACGCCAUAUUGGAUAUGUAAUUUGGUUUUGUCCCUUGAGUGUUCAAGUUGUUGACAUACCUCGAAGGAGGAGCGACCGCCCUAAACCCUGGGGCGUCUGUCUCUGUUCGGGAUUGAGGUUCCUGUCUCUGCUCGUGGUGCCUGUUCUGCCCGCUGACACCCAGGCUCGGGUGGUAUGGUCCUCCGGCCCACAUGAGUUCUACUAUGUGGUACAUAAUGCAGAGCAUUCAGAGUAAAUACUCGCUGUCUGAGCGGCUGAUUCGCACCAUCGCCUUCAUCCGCUCUUUCCCGCACGACAAUGUGGAGGAUCUCAUACGCAGGGGCGCGGAUGUUAACCGGAUGCACGGCACGCUGAAGCCGCUGCACUGCGCCUGCAUGGUGGCCGAUGUGGACUGUGUGGAGCUGCUGCUGGAGAAGGGGGCAGAGGUGAACGCGGUGGAUGGCUACAACCGCACGGCGCUGCACUACGCGGCCGAGAAGGACGAGAGCUGCGUGGAGCUCCUGCUGGAGUACGGGGCGCUCCCGGACGCCCUGGACGGGAACAAGGACACGCCGCUGCACUGGGCCGCCUUCAAGGACAACCCCGAGUGCGCGCGCGCCCUGCUGGAGGGCGGGGCCCGGCCCGACGCCCGCGACUACAACAGCGACACGCCGCUGAGCUGGGCGGCCAUGAAGGGCAACCUGGAGAGCGUGCGCGUGCUGCUGGAGUUCGGCGCGCAGGCGCACGUGACCAACCUGAAGGGGCAGACGCCCGUGUCGCGGCUGGCCGCGCUGCUGGGGCGGGGCCUGGGCGGCGAGCGCGAGGAGGAGUGCCUGCGGCUGCUGUGCCGGGCGGCGGGGAGGCCCGCCCCCCCGGAGCUGGCCCGGGACCCCCAGCUGCUGGCCCGCCUGGGCGCCGAGGCCACGCGCCCCCCCUCGCUGCGCUCGCUGGCCCGCCGCGCCGUCCGGGGGGGCCUGGGCGCCCGCUUCCUGCCCGACGCCGUCAAGGAGCUGCCCCUGCCCGAAUCGGUGCAGGAGUACGUCCUGCUGAGGCACUGAGGGGCAGGGGGGAGGGGAGAACCACUUG